AUGGGGUCGACCGUGAUGAUGUAUGUCCUUCCGAUGAUGCUGGGGCAAACUUAUAAUUUGGGUAAAGACAAACCGGGCCUCCAGAUUUUCCCGACAAAUGUCAACGAAAGUGCAACGGUAAUUGAGCAAUAUUUCACUGAUACCCAGUAUCGAUUAGUAGAUGAUAUAUCCCAGGUGAAGGAUUUUCUCGACGUUAGUGGUAAACUCUCGCUCAAAAUCAAAUCGGGCUUGGUAGAUGUGAAUGGAGAAGGCAGUUACGCCAAGAAAAUAUCUUCAUAUGAUAAUACACUGCAAAUUUUAAUCAAAGUGCAUUUUGAAACGGUGACACUGACGAUCCCAUCUCAUAUCAAACCACUUGACGACUGGCCUCAGUUCAACGAAGAAUUUCUCGGGACCCAUUAUGUUAGAAGUAUAACAAUGGGUGGAGAUUUAAUAGCCUCAAUUGACGUCAAAGCUCAAAAUAAGUUCGAUAUGGAACGAAUCAAAGGUGCCCUCAAUGCUGGCAUCACUACCAAAGGCGGAGCAUUCGAGGGUUCAAUACAAGCAAAGCUGGAAAAGUUGAGAAACGAAACACAAGAUAGUUCGUCUUUGGAAAUCAAUUAUUGCGCAACGGUUCCGCUUGAAGGUGUCAGUUACACAACACAGGGUCUUUUGGAUUUGGUGAGGGAGUUCCCAAACCAUGUUAGGAAAAUCAACAACGGGCUGGGCAACCCUCUGAGAAUGGAACUCUUUCCCCUGAAAUCGCUGCAAUCUGAUUACAAAGAAUAUCUGGAGAAUGGCGCCAUUGGAGAGCAACUAGAAGAAAUGGAUUAUCAGCUGGACGAUAUCCUUGCAACACGAAAAGCCAUCUCCAUUUUUGUUUCCGGUUUUCCUCCGGAUGUACCUCGCCAAGUUAAACAGAAGAUUGAAGAUUUCACUGACAAAAUGGACAACCUGUAUGGGAUUUAUCUGAAAUCCAUAACAGAACUUGAUACGUCCGUGGGAGCAUCCACACAACCCAUAACUGAUGCCAUCAAUGCUUAUAAGGACGGAGGGUAUUCGAUGCCACAAAAAUACCUCAGAAAAUUCAAGCAGAUGAAGCAAGAAAUAUACAGAGAGGCUCCAGAACUAAAGCCAAGAAUAGGCGGUGCUCAGUAUCAUCACUGGGGAAGGUCCAAGUGCGAAGGUCCAGAUGCCGAGACAGCUUUCUCAGGGGUGAUUACGUCAUCUCAGACUAUUCAGAAUGGAGGGUCCGACAACCUACUUUGCGCUCCUUUCAAUCCGGAAAUUCCUGACCCCUCAAACUAUCUACCAGGAUUUGAUCCUGAAGAUGAAGAGCAGUAUUAUGAGAACCUCCUUGUUAGUCCACUGAAGUACAUGGGAGCAAUAGAACGAUUCUCAUCUAUGGAUUUCAAACACAUAGCUUGUUCGGUAUGUCGAUCACCCCAUCGCACCGCAACCCUGAUCAAACCGGGCGACACCAAGUGUCCGAAGAAGUGGACCAAAGAAUACGAAGGAUUGUUGAUGGCCCCUGGAAUCGACGAUGCUAAAGGAGAGUACGUGUGUGUAGACAAGAACAUGCAGGAAGCAGUUGGAAACAUUACAUUUGGUACCACAAAAGGGACUGAUGUCUUCAAAAUCCAGGAAGUGAAAAUAGAGUGUGGUGGAUUACCAUGCGGACCUUAUGCAGAUGAUAAAGCAGUACCAUGUGUCGUCUGUACCAUAUAAAAGGGUGUUAUAUAAUCAAUAAGAUAUUUUUUGAUAGAUAGAUAGUUUUUAGUUUUGUUGUUGCUCUUGUUUAUUUAUUUAUUUUUGUUGAUGUUUUAAUUGUACAAAUCAUGUAAUCCAUGUGAAUUAUCUAAUAACG